CCAUCUUGAACUCUUGCUGACUUGCCUUUUUUGGAUGCUACUGAUUACAGAAAACGCAAAAAAAGUUCUCAGUCUACCCUCAGCUCUGUUCUAAUCCCCUCAAAACCGCAAUAAGAUGGAAAACUCGAUACCUUCCACCACAGAUAGAAAUGCGUCAUCGGAAUCAAUGACUUCUAGAGACUACUAUGCAGACUCUUAUGCACACUUUGGUAUUCACGAGGAGAUGUUGAAAGACACUGUUCGGACAGGCUCGUAUCGAGCUGCGAUCGUAAAUAACGGUCACCUGUUCAAAGGAAAGACCGUACUGGACGUUGGUUGUGGUACGGGAAUCCUCAGCAUGUUUGCCGCAAAGGCCGGUGCUUCUCACGUCGUCGGAGUGGACAUGUCAAACAUCAUCGAUCAAGCACAAAAAAUAAUAGAGGCCAAUGGCUUCAGAGAUACUAUUACCCUGGUCAAGGGGAAGCUGGAAGAUGUCGAGCUACCAAUAAAACAGUUCGACAUUAUCAUAUCCGAGUGGAUGGGUUAUUUUUUGUUGUACGAGUCGAUGUUGGACACGGUCCUCGAUGCAAGAGACAAGUAUCUCAAGCCUGGUGGGCUCAUAUUCCCCGACAAUGCAAGACUAUUCCUAGCCGCGAUUGAAGAUCAAGACUACAAAGAAGAAAAAAUAAAUUUCUGGGACAAUGUUUACGGCUUUGACUUUUCAUGCAUAAAAGACAUAGCCGUACGGGAACCUCUGGUCGAUACUGUUGAGCUCAAAGCAGUAGUUACUGACCCGUUCAUGAUCAAGCAUAUCAACCUCCUUACAGUCAAGAAAGAAGAUUUGACUUUCGCAGCUCCGUUCACUCUUACUGCAACUCGAAAUGACUACAUUCAUGCGUUCCUUGCAUGGUUCGAUAUAUCCUUCGACUGUACCCACAGAAAAGUCCAAUUUUCUACGGGUCCCCAUGCUCAAUACACCCAUUGGAAGCAAACUGUAUUCUAUACACCAUCAACCGUCACUAUCAACGAAGGCCAGAAAUUGCAUGGCAAGCUCUCCUGCGCACCCAAUGCACGCAACAACCGUGACCUCGACAUUUCGAUCACGUUCAAGUUAGAAGGACAGGACGAAACAAAAGCAGACUACAAGAUGUCGUGAUCGACCUCUUCCUCUCUCCUAUUGACGUUACACUUGCACAUCUACCUCA